GGGCAAUUCAACUCGUUUUUCGAAAGGCAUGUCUACUUUUUUGAAAACUUUAUAGUCAAACUUCCCUCAAAUAUCCAACUUUGCUCCCUUUUACUUCUUGUACUCUACUUUCUUGCUGCCUCCCCAUACUGUUCAAAUUGUAUUUUCAGGAUUUUUGUUUACAAAUUAUUAAAUUUAGGGUCAGAAGGAGGACGCAAAUUUUGACAUUGUGGGCUCAAUGUGAUUUUUCUCUCUGCACUUAAUUUUGCUUUUACACUGUUUUCUUUUGAAAAGAUUCCAUCAAAUCAAUUUGAGCACUCUAAUUAAGUAAAUUGAACUUUGACUUGAUCUUUGUUUUUAUUUUAAUCUCCAUUUUGUUGCUGGUUUGGUCAGAAUCCAGCAAAUUGGGCUUCUGGGUGUUCUGAUAUCUGAUUUCAGGUGCUGCAAAAGAAAGUCACUAAUUUCUGCCUUUCUGGUAAGCUACAACAGGUAAUUGCUAUAUGGGUAGUCAAGUUAAGUUCUUGAACCAUUGGUUCUUUAUUAUGGUUGUUUGAAAGGUUGUUGAUUUUUCGAAGAAUUACAAUGGUUUCAACUGGAAAUGAAGGGGGUUCUGGGUCUAAUUUGAGUCACUCAGUUGACUGUGAGACCUUAAAUGGGAGUAAUUUGAACAACCAUAUAUCUUUGCAAGUUUCUACAUCUAGAAAGGGACUAUUGAGUGAUGAAAAAUCGCCAAGGGGCUUCACCGACAAUCCCAUUAGUCUGUCUAGCAGAUUGAAGUUGCUAAAGAUCAGUCCGAAAGGCAAACGGACUUCUCCCUCUAUUGGGUUUUAUAGAAUUUCCAAGGAUAAGGAUGAGCUCUCGAGUAGUGCUCUGCCUCCUGCCAUACAAGGUGUCCGAAAACGUUUCAAAGAUGUGAUGUCUAACAAAGUUGAUUGGCCUUUUGUGAUGCAAAUGUGCAAAGAUUGGGUUAAGAAACCAUUGAAUAUGGUCCUUUUCCUGUGGAUUAUUUGUGUUGCUGUGUCAGGUGGCAUUCUGUUUCUUGUGAUGACAGGAAUGCUAAACCAUCUUCUUCCAAAGAAAUCACAGAGGGAUGAGUGGUUUGAGGUUAAUAACCAGAUCAUCAAUGCCCUCUUCACUCUAAUGUGUCUUUACCAACACCCAAAACGGUUCUACCAUUUGGUGCUUUUGUGUAGGUGGAAGUCGGAUGAUAUAUCAGUAUUAAGGAAGAUUUAUUGCAAGAACGGAACUGCUAAACCCAAUGAACGGGCACACCUGAUGUUUGUGGUUAUUUUGCUUCAUAUAAAUUGUUUUGCUCAAUAUGCUUUAUGCUGCCUUAAUCUGGGUUAUAGAAGAUCUGAGCGGCCACUUAUUGGUGUUGGUGUUUGCAUAACAUUUGCCAUUGCAGCUCCUGCAGUUGCAGGAUUGUACUGUGUUCUUAGCCCCCUCGGGAAGGAUUAUGAAUGUGAUGCUGAUGAGGAAGCACCUAAACAGUCGAGGAGGCAAUCAUUUGAAAAAAAAUAUGCAUUUGCGAUCCGAGAUGAAAGAGGGAUUGUUGAGAAAAAACCUGAGUGGAAAGGAGGGCUGUUUAGCUUAUGGGAAGAUUUUGUUGUGGCAUACCUCUCAAUUUUCUGCUGCUUUUGUGUCUUUGGUUGGAAUUUGGAAAGGCUUGGUUUUGGGAAUAUGUAUGUUCACAUAGCAACAUUUCUCCUUUUCUGCAUGGCCCCCUUUUGGAUCUUCAACUUGGCUGCUGUCAACAUUGAUAAUGACGCAAUAAGAGAGAUUUUGGGCAUUACUGGUAUUGCACUCUGUGUGUUUGGCUUGCUAUAUGGAGGGUUUUGGCGAAUUCAAAUGAGAAAACGAUUCAACCUGCCACCAAAUAACAUGUGUUUUGGAAAACCUAAUGUUGCAGAUUGUGUUCAGUGGCUGUUUUGCUGCUGGUGUUCUCUGGCACAGGAAGUUCGAACAGGAGAUUUCUAUGAGACUGUGGAAGAUAGAUUUUACGUUAAGAAUGAAAAUGACGUUCAUACUCCUCUUACCCCAUUACCUCGUGAAGGUAGUACUGGUACUCAAUCCAUGUCUGAUUUGAGCACCCCAUUUUGGUUGAAUUCUGGUUCAUCUAAGAAUAAACCUUCAGUAUUGAAAAAUGAAACUAUGAUGCCACCUGACCCGACAACAAUGAGAAUGGAAGUAGAGGAUCUUCGGGAAGUAUGAUGUAUUCAGAUAUCGGAUGCCUAUGUUGAAAUGAGAAACCAACUUUGCAGUUCAUAUAUAAUUUCUCCGUCUUUGAAAUGUGUGAUUGCGUGGUUUUUGCUGCUUGUAAAGGGGGCUUCUUUUGUGAGACAGGAUGACUAUUCAAUUCCUCCUUUAUGGACCUAUUUACCUCAUCUUUUUCUGUGACAAUUUUUUGCUGGUAUGACGAACUCCUGCUAGUUUGAUAGAUGCAUGCAAUACAAUUUGUAAUUGCAGAAAGGAAAUGCUUCUGUGUGUACCUUUUCGGCUAUCUGUACUUUUGCAAGGUACACAUCGUCAGAUUUAGUCUUGUGACUUGUGGUAUCUAAUACGGAGUACUCCGUAGUAAUACACUACGGAAGUCUGGAGUAACACUGAAGGUUUCUCGUAAUUGUCAAUUAUUUUUCCCUCUCUA